AUAUCCCAGCCAUCAAUCAUGAAUGAAAACCGCUUGGCUAUCAACAUUCUGCUCUUGUGUAUAUCCUGUGGAGCAAGUGCACUGGCAGCCUUUAGUCCCAAUGCCUCUUCAUCUCUGCCAGCAACCAAUUUCACUGAUAUUGGCUCUGCGCCUCCAAAAUAUCUCACAGAGGCUGCAAAUCUUCCCAAAACCAGACGGAAACGUUAUAUUUCCCAGAACGAUAUGCUUGCUUUACUUGAUUACCAUAAUAAAGUCAGAGGGAAAGUUUUUCCCCCAGCCUCAAACAUGGAAUAUAUGGUCUGGGAUGACACUCUUGCAAAGACGGCUGAGCAGUGGGCGUCCACGUGUAUUUGGGAGCAUGGUCCUCGCAGUCUUCUUAGAUUUCUGGGUCAGAACCUUUCAGUCCGAACAGGAAGAUACAGGUCCAUUUUGCAGCUGGUAAAGCCCUGGUAUGAUGAAGUGAAGGACUAUUCUUUUCCCUAUCCUCGAGACUGUAAUCCCAGAUGUCCCCUUAAGUGCUACGGGCCUAUGUGCACUCAUUAUACACAA